AACCGGCUCGAUAUAAACACAACCCCUCAGAGACAAGAUGCAUCACCAAGCACCAGCCAUGAGCCCACAGGUCCAGAGUGUGCAGACAAUGUCGGAGAUGGCUUGGUCAUCUGGAUAAAUGAUGCGACUACGGUGAGGGUGUUUAAGUCCAUUGAUUUUUACUACAAGGAACCCAGUUGUUUUCGCACAUUUACUGUAGCGCAGGUGGCUGACCUCAAACAUGAAGACUAUGUUGGAAAGAUCCAGGCAAAGGUCAUGUGCCUGCAGGAUGGCAGUAAAAUGGGCAAUGUCUAUGGCAAACUGCUGGAGCUCAAGGAAUGCCAUGUUGCUGACCGCACCGGGAAGAUGUGGCUGCAACUCUGGGGGGGGUGUAUUGGCCAAGUGGAGCAGGACGAGUCCUACGUCCUGGAGAACCUGUCGGUCCGUGAAGGGGUAGAGUUGUAUCUGACGACUACAAAGAACACCACCAUCCGGAUCUCAGAGGAGAAGGUCCAGGUUCCAGAAUCUGUUGCGAGGCAGCGACUGCAGGAGCUGGAUGCCAAGAAAUAUCCCAUGUCGGGUCCACAGAGAGGCUACUGCUUGAUCGUCAACAACUUUGACUUCAGCCGUUCCUCUCCAAAACUUAGUAAUCGAACAGGGACAGUAAAAGAUGCAGAGAGCCUGAGUCUUGUGUUCAGCUGGCUGGGCUUCCAGGUGGAGGAGGUGAAGGACGCCACCAGAGACCAGAUGCUCUCCUCCAUGCGGGAGCUGGCCAGCAGGGACCACAGUGGGAUGGACUGCGUCGCUUGCGUCGUCCUGAGCCACGGCCUGGAGGGCGGCGUGUACGGGGUGGACGGGGGGGUGGUCCGGCUGGAGAAGCUCAAAUGGUAUGUGAAUGGGGAGCAAUGCAGCUCCCUGAUAGGGAAGCCCAAGCUGUUCUUCAUCCAAGCCUGCCAGGGCAUCGAGGAGGAGAAGGCGGUCCCCGUCCCGGCCGACGGACCCGUCAACCCUAAGGUCCACGACCAAACUGACGGACCCAGCGGAUCCGGGGUCCCCGCCCAGACCGACGGACCCAGCCACCCUGGGGAUAUCCGCAGCGACUUUGCGUCAGCGACUGAGUCGAUACCCAUUACGGCAGAUUUCCUGACCGCCAUGGCUACCACUCCCUCCUAUGUCUCUCUCAGAGACAGGAAGAAAGGCACCUGGUUCAUCCAGUCCGUGUGCAAGAACCUUGAACUCUUGGUUCGACGAGACUUACUCAGUAUCCUGACGGAGGUGAACAACGACGUGAGCCAGAUGUCCGACCCCAACAGCAGCAUGAGACAGAUGCCCCAACCUAUCCACACUCUGCGGAUGAGUGUGUUCUUCCCAGUCCCUGAAAAGCUUCCUCCCAGUCUGCCCACCAGUUGCUCCCCGGGCUAAGUUCCAAUUGGUCAACUUGUGCACUAUAUAGUUCAAUACUUAGGGUGUCCCAUAUUGUAAAAUUUUCCAAAAUGAGAGUGUAACAAUCAGGUUCCCAAUAUAGGGCAAGGGCACUACUUAGUACCCAUUUAUGGAGCCAUUAUGCUACUCGUUUGUUUUUUAUUUAUUUGGUGACAUGCAGUUUUGUGUUUGACCACUGGGUAGAGCAUUGGCUCAGGGGAAAGCAUAACUGGCACGGUCAGGUAUGUGUAUAAAUAAUAAAUAAUACCCUUUCAGCGUGUCAGCAAUAUUUGUUUGCUCUGUACCGAACCGAUAGGAAAUGAAUGAACUGAAAUGGACAACAACAAACAAACUGGAAUGUGUGCUACGGUGAGCAUGCUCCGACAACAUUUUCUUCUUUCGAGUUCUCCCGCUUCGCCCCACACAUGGGUCUAAUGUAGAGCCGGUUAAAAGGCUCUAGGCCAUAAUGCACUGUUAAAGAAGUCGUUAAUUGCAGUGCUUUAUGCCUGCACCGGUAUUGUAUGCUGUGUGUGUUUAUCCCUUUCACUGCCAGCACAGGAUGCAGGAAAUGCAGAUUCUCGAUGCACCCCACAUUAAUGGCCUAAGUGAGGGGAUGCAAAAUCGGGAUCACAGAGGCCACCCAUUCCAUAUGACUGGUCCACCACUCAUCAACGACCAACCAACUUUCAUGAAGGAGAUAUACACAAAUGUGCAUUUCCUGUUGAAAAGUGUGAGCAUUUGUCGUCGCUACAUAGAUUUAACUCUUCUCUUGUGUUCCGUUGUUUAUGCAACUUCUCCUAUCCCUUUAUGUUUUCUCUUAUCAUGAAAUGGCUAGGUAAGUUUGGGGUACCCUUUCCAUGUGCAUCGCAUAGGUUUUUCUCUGUCAAAGACAUUAGGGUAUUGGUGUGUGCCACCCCUGUAGUUUUGUUAAAGUAGAGAGUAGGAAGGUUUGUUUUCAUUCAUUUCUGGUUACCUCUACUUUUAGGAAGACUGGUUGUCAUGAUAAGUUCUUUGAUUUGGCACCACCUCCAGCUCCCCCCCCCCCCCCCCCACCACCAUUUUUGUAUAGUGUGCCACACAUUAAAGAAACGUCACUCAACACAAGUGUUGUCACUCACCUGUUUUACUGGUUUAUGUUUAAGUCCCUUAUUUCCUAGACAGUCAGUAGGUUCAUAACAGAGGUGUACAACUUCCCACUCAUUUAAAAGCGGAAUCAUCCAAAGAUGCUCCGGCACAAACGUGUUCUUCCUGCUUGGCCGAUCCCCAGUGUUGGGAUUCGUCCUCUGCUCGCCUACUGAAGAUACGCUCCACCAUCAGGCCUUCUGGGACUGUUGGAAGACUUGGUUUACUUUCAGUUUAAAUAUUGAUGCAUAUUUAAUUUCAGAUGGUCGACUCAAGGCAUGAAAUUGUUCUUUGUUACAAAUAUAAUUGUAUUCAUUAUUUGGCAAUGGAGAAGAAUAAAAAUGUGCAAUAGUUAAGUGACUUAAGUCGUGUUUUGAU